AUGCAAUUCUCCUUGACUAGAGAUUACCUGCAGCGCAAGAGGAGAUUCCGUAGGGGUGGAUCUAAUUCCACAUUUUCCAUACUGAGAAAAGAGUUGCGGGAAGGAAAUCUGCAAUCAUUUCUUGGGGGGUCUUCACUCUUGGUUUCUUCCUCCAAUAGUGAACCUGAUCCAUUGUUGUCUUCAUUUAUAUACAAUCCACCAGUGCUCAAUCAACCUACUACUGUUCAGCUUCAUUCUUCAGCUGAAUCAAGUGCAGUAGAGGAAAGUUACAUUGAGGAUUCAUCAGAAAGAAGUAUGCCGGAAUCGCCACUAUCAGACAAGGACCACGAAGAGAAAGCUCGUAAAUGCGAGUUUGUCCAAGGCCUUCUGCUGUCCAGUUUUCUUGAUGACAACUCGUGAAUUGAAGAGAGAGAGAAGAGUAGUGGAUAAGUUUAACUUACAUUUCUAAUGAUGGGGAUGCAUUUUAGAGAGAGAGAAGAGGAUACUAUGCGCUGUGCCAUCUGUGGAAAUAGUUAAGCUAGAGGAACUUUGUAUUACCUAUUGUAUUUAAAGCUUAUUAUGUGUAUAAUGGAACGUGGAACAACUUAUUUUAGUUGGUGUGCUCUCUUGCUUUUUAGAUGUGUGUUUGUAAGCAAUUAUGGUUCAAAUUAAACCCAAAAGGAUAGUUCAAUUG